AUGGCGGCUCAGGGGCCUCCGGCGGCGAGAUCCAUGCCGGACUGGAGCUCCGGCCUCCCAUCGGAGCUCCUCGAGGUCAUCGGGAAGCGCCUCGCCUCCGGCACCGACGCGGCGUCGUUCCGGUCCGUCUGCUCGCCGUGGCGCGACGCCGUGCCGUUCGCGGCCUUGGCGCCCCUCCUGCUGCUCCCGUUCGGGCCCGACUCGGAGCGCGUCACGCUCUACAGCGUCGACGAGGAGAAGGCCUUCUCCCUGCCGCUCCCGCCGGGCGCGCGCGGCAAGGUGCCGUGCGGCGCGUCGUGCGGGUGGCUGGCGCUCAUGGACGGGUCCGCGGCCGUCACGCUGCUGAACCCCUUCACCGGGGCCCGCGUCGAGCUCCCUCCGGCCGACGACGACGUCGCGUCCGCCUCCUCGAUGCUCGUGUCCAGGAAGGACGACGGCCGGUGGGUGCUCCACCACGAGGACGACUACGGGAACGCGGCUGCCGCCAGCGCCAUCGAGCUAGUCUGCUAG